AGGAGGAGGAGGAGGAGGAGGAAGAGGCGGAGCCGAAGGCGGCAGGGGCAGGGUAGAUACGGGAUUGAGCUCUCUGCUCGCCAGUCAGUCGUUCUCCGGCACGCAGGGUUUGUGUCUCUUGGAUUGCAUCACCGCAGCGCCGGCGCCAACAUGAAGGCUAUCGAAAGACGCCCCAGCCAUCAGCGGUGCACGCGAAUUCGCCGCGCCUACGUCCGCUCCACGGCGCGUAGCCGCGACCUCACUGUGUCCUCCGCGCCCUUGUCGCACAAGCAGCUGGAGUCGGAAGUAAAGAGGGUGUGCCUCAAAUCAGUUGCAGCAGAUUCUAGAGUUAGACUUUUGAGAAGCUUUGGACAAAGUCAAGUAAAAAUGGUGUUACCAACAAUAUAUGAUAGAACUGUAGAACAAGACCAGAUGGAAGGUGGCAGCGCCAAAAAGUUACUUCAAGAUGCAGCUUCUCAUCUUGACCACAUGUGUUCUCUCGACAUAGAUUCUCAAGCCUCUUAUGUUAGACUUUCUGGUAUUAUUUGCACAAUAGGGCCUGCUUCUCGAAGUGUUGGGAUGCUAGAGAAAAUGAUUGAGACAGGAAUGAAUAUUGCUCGGCUGAAUUUUUCUCAUGGAUCUCAUGAAUACCAUGAAGAAACAAUAAUUAAUAUUCGCAAAGCUGUGGAUGAUCAUAGUGCCAAAGUUGGCAUGGUUGUACCAAUUGCUGUUGCUUUGGAUACCAAAGGCCCAGAAAUCCGUACUGGUCUUCUUGAAGGGGGGGGCUCGGCAGAGGUGGAGCUGAAGAAAGGUGACACUAUCAAACUUACCACAGACAAAGUUUACGCUGACCGUUCAACCUCUCAGAUUCUUUUUGUGGACUAUGAAAACAUCACCAAAGUAGUGCAACCAGGAAACAGAGUGUUUGUUGAUGAUGGUCCCAACAAUCUUGUAUGUACUGUGGAGAACGGAGGAAUGCUUGGCAGUCGCAAAGGUGUUAAUCUACCUGGAGUGCCUGUCGACUUGCCUGCAGUUUCAGAAAAAGAUAAAGAUGAUCUCCUUUUUGGUGUGAGGAUGCAAGUGGAUAUGAUUUUUGCUUCUUUUAUACGUGAUGCUGAUGCUAUUAAAGAAAUUCGCAAAGAUGGAGAAAAAAUUUUGAUAAUAGCAAAGAUUGAAAAUCAUCAAGGAAUGCAGAACUUGGAUGCUAUUAUUGCAGAAGCUGAUGGUAUUAUGGUGGCUCGUGGUGAUUUAGGAAUUGAAAUUCCACCUGAGAAAGUAUUCUUGGCUCAGAAAGCCAUGAUUUCUCGAUGCAAUAGGGUUGGAAAACCAGUCAUAUGUGCCACUCAGAUGUUAGAAUCAAUGGUGAAGAAACCUCGACCAACACGUGCAGAAGGAUCAGAUGUAGCAAAUGCUAUUCUUGAUGGUGCAGACUGUGUCAUGUUGUCCGGAGAGACUGCGAAGGGUGACUAUCCAUUGGAAUGUGUUCGUACAAUGGCCAACAUAUGUAAAGAAGCAGAAGCUGCAAUAUGGCAGAAACAGCUUUUCCAAGAAAUAUGUAGCAAGGCACUUGCUCCAAUUGAUGCUUCACAUGCUAUUGCAAUUGCUGCUGUGGAGGCAUCUAGUAAAUGUCUUGCUGCUGCAAUUAUAACAUUGACUACAUCUGGUCGUUCAGCAUAUUUAAUAGCAAAGUAUAGACCACGAUGUCCUAUAAUUGCUGUGACCAGGAACUCUCAAGUGGCAAGGCAGUGCCACUUGUAUCGUGCCAUUCUUCCUCUGGAGUACACGGCCGGACCAUUGGCUGAUUGGAUGCGUGAUGUGGAUACAAGAGUGCAAUAUGGCUUGACAUUUGCACAGAAGAAAGGCUUUAUUAAAGGUGGUGAUCCAGUGGUUAUAGUGACUGGCUGGAGACAGGGUUCAGGGUUUACCAACACUAUUCGCAUUGUGUAUGUAUCUCCAAAUGUUUAGACCUUUCUCAAAAUGUAUAUUUUUAUAUAUUCUUACAGAAUCUCAUUGUGGCAAUAGAAGGAAAAUGGCUUAAUAAUGAAGUGAACUUAAUAAAAACAAAAUACAUAGUAUUUCAUUGUACUUACAAUUAGUAUUAUUUCUCUUGUUGAGUUUUUCAUAUUAGUACAUUAUUUAUAAUAAAACAUUGUGGUAGUUUUUUAUGUAAUGAAAAAGAAAUAAAAUGAUUCUAAUGCUAUUUGUUUUCCUUCUAAAGACAUGCAUCAAAGGAGUUGAAUGGGGUAUGUUCAAAGAAUUUUUCUCAAAAUGUUGCUUUUUGGGUUGGUAAUGUUGCCUUUUGUAUUGUUAUUACUUUUGCAUUUGCUUUUGAAACUCAUUCAAAAUCUUACAACUGCAAUUUUUGAAGAAAUGCUUUUAUUAAUAAUUAUUUUUUUGAUAGUGGAUUAUUUAUUAAAAUUAGGUGUCUGACUAAACUUAUUUUUAUUGUAUUUAUUUUUUGAUUCUUUAUUCAAUAAUACUUCAGUCAAAUUUUGGGAUAUGUACUUUAAAGAUGUACACUUGUCUGACUCUUGUUUGUUUUCUGGUAGAAUGUUUCUUCCUGUUGUUAGAUCUAUUUUGUCAUUUUUAAGAAUAGCUUAGUACUAUAUUCUUGGAAUUGUAUAAAAAUUAUUUUUUUAUUUGAAGCCUUGAAAAUAGUUUUUGUUGCCAUUAUAUUGAACUUCUGUGAAUCAAAGUGAAUAAAGUCCAAAAUUACUAAAUUACAUCUCUUGUAUGUAUCCCAACCUUUUUCUUUAGAGACAAAUUUAAAUGAUCCGAUCUGAAAUGUAGAUAUCUUGAAAUUUUACUAUACUUAUUAUAUACAAUUCAUAAUAAAUAUUGUACAAAUUAUAUUAAUAAUUGUAUAUAAUAUUAAUAUAAUAAUAAUAUGUAUAAUUUAAUUAUAACUAUUUUCAAUUAUUGAAAAAUUUCCCUUUAAGGAAUUCAAAUUUGGACUUACUCUUCGCAUUUCCAGUUGCACAUAAUAUUAGUAAUUUAAAUUCAAGGACCUACAGUUCAAUUUGCUACUUACUUGUUUGUUUUUGUUGUUUUUUCUAUUAUGUUAUUUGCUUCUUUUCAGUAAUGUUUGAAGCUGCACAUAGGCCAGAAUCGAGAUCUGAUGGAAUUUAGAAGUGGAUUUCUGUAGAGGUUAAUGCUCUGUUACUGUAUACACAUAAUACACAUGCUGUAUUGCUUUCAUACUAAUAUCGUGCAGAGAGAAGUGUUUGGCAUUUACUUCUCUUUAACUUUACACAUUUUUCCUUUUAUCUGUUUACAGUAAACAGCAUUACCAACACUUGCAAAAGUUAGUCUCAGUAUUAAUUGUUAAUCAGUGUAUAAAUUUAAUUAUAGAGUUGAAGCAAAUUACCUGGAGACACUCAGAUUUGAAGGAUGCAAAUCAGAAAGUUUUAUUAGAUUAAUGUUCAAGAAAAACCUUUACUACUACAUAGAUCUUGUUUAAAGGAAAUAAUUUUGGUCACAGUUGUGCAUAAUGUCUGAACAUUUUGUUGUUAGAAGGAUUAUUUGUAAUUUCAAAUAGUUAUAUAUUGUCAUAAAAUUGUUAAGUUUGUAUUCUAUUUACUUCAGUUUGUCUGAAGCCAAUACCAACUCAGGACACAAUUAUGAGAAUAAAUAACUUGAAUAUCUACAAAUUUAUAAUAAAUUUCUCAGUGAAUUAUUAUUUCUUGUGUUUUUGAAAACUUCCUGUUGUGACAGACCAUUCUUUCCUAAUCUCUCCUCUGGUGAUAUUUUGAAGAUCUUAUGAAUCCAAAGUUUAUCUUGUAGAAACUUGUUUUGCUAUUCUACUUAUGAAUUUUAUUAAAUUUGUUGAAUUCUUGGAGCUCUUCCCAUUAUUAUUAUUAUUAUUAUUAUUAUUAUGCUUUGACUCUUUGUAGUUUUUCCCCCACAAAUGUUGCAUCUAGUUGGGUAUAGCUUCACAAAGGACUACAAUCUUCAGAUGAAUAUAUAUAAUUCCACUGGUUGAAGUGACUGAUGUUCGCAUUUGGUAGUUUGACUCUUAUGUAAAAUUUUAAUAUUUGGGAAUUUGAUGAUAAAAACAGCAAGCCAAAUAAAUCUUGAUAAUCAAUAGAUGUUUGAAUUGAUUGCAACAAGUUAUAAUCAGUGGCAAUGGGCAAUUUUGAUGCCUCCCUUCUCUUAACUGACUGCCUUGAGUUUGAGACUGUCUUACGCAUCUGUCAGUCACUGGUUUCUAGUCAAAUAAAAUCUGGUUACUCUCGGAGCUCAUUUUUACUUUCUCGUAUACACACUUAUAUACAGAAAGUUAUGUUAUGCUGCGG